CUCACUCUUAUAAAAAGAUACAAAGACACAAAAAAAAAGGAAUAUAAAUAUUUCUUCUUUGCUCUAAAAUUUGCGUUUUUUUGUCUGUACUUGUUUUUGUCUCAUAAUGGGAGGAGAGUACGAAGCAGUGAGAGCCGCCAACAGAGCGGCGGGGUUAGAGAUACAGUUGUCCCUGGAAGAUCCCAACCAACCAUCUCCGCUGCGUAAAAUCAUCUCCGUCGCAUCCAUCGCCGCCGGUGUGCAGUUCGGGUGGGCCUUACAGCUCUCUCUUCUAACUCCUUACGUGCAACUCCUCGGGAUCCCUCACAAAUGGUCAGCUUACAUGUGGCUCUGUGGUCCAAUCUCCGGCAUUCUUGUACAACCAAUCGUCGGUUACCACAGUGACCGAUGCGAGUCAAGAUUUGGUCGUCGUCGUCCGUUCAUCGCCGUCGGAGCCGUACUCGUAGCCAUCUCCGUGUUCCUCAUCGGGUUCUCGGCGGAUCUUGGACAUAGAUUUGGAGACAAAAUCGAGGAGAAGGUAAAGACCCGAGCCAUUAUCAUCUUCACUGUCGGGUUUUGGAUCCUUGACGUGGCGAACAACACUUUACAAGGACCAUGCCGUGCUUUCUUAGCCGAUCUAGCCGCCGGAGACGCUAAAAAAACGCGUCUCGCCAACGCGUGUUUCUCUUUUUUUAUGGCCGUGGGUAACGUUAUGGGUUACGCUGCUGGAUCUUACCCUCACAUCCACAAGAUGUUUCCGUUCACGCUGACCAAAGCUUGCGAUAUCUACUGUGCGAAUCUCAAGAGCUGUUUCUUCUUGUCCAUCACUCUCCUCCUCAUCGUCACCUUCGCGUCUCUAACGUACGUUAAAGAAAAGAAAUGGACUAAGCCACCGGUAGACGACGGGAAAACGUCAGGUGUUUUUUUCUUUGGAGAAAUCGUCGGAGCUCUCAAAGUCAUGGAACGUCCCAUGUGGAUGCUACUAAUCGUUACGUUUUUUAAUUGGAUCGCUUGGUUCCCUUUUAUUUUGUACGAUACCGAUUGGAUGGGUCGUGAAGUGUACGGUGGUAAAUCAGAUGGAAACGAAAAAUCCAAGUCUCUUUACAACCAAGGAGUUCACGCUGGUGCUUUGGGAUUGAUGUUUAACUCAAUACUUCUUGGUUUUGUCUCACUUGGUGUUGAAAAGAUUGGUCGGAAAUUGGGAGGAGCUAAACGGCUUUGGGGAUUGGUCAAUUUCAUCCUCGCUAUUGCUUUAGCCAUGACGGUUCUCGUCACAAAAGCGGCCGAGCAUCACCGGAAAAUCGCCGGUCCUUUCGCCGGACCUAGCCCUGGUAUCAAAGCUGGAGCGUUAAGUCUCUUUACCGUUCUUGGUAUCCCAUUAGCUAUUACAUUUAGUGUCCCGUUUGCACUAGCGUCCAUAUUUUCCAACAGCUCCGGUGCUGGCCAAGGACUUUCACUAGGAGUUUUGAAUAUAGCGAUUGUGCUACCACAAAUGAUAAUAUCAUUUGGAAGUGGACCUUUCGACGCCUUAUUUGGUGGUGGAAACCUACCGGCAUUCGUGGUUGGGGCAGUUGCGGCGGUGUUUAGUGGAGUACUAGCGUUAACUGUUAUACCUUCACUACCUCCGGAUGCACCUAUGCAGUCAGGGGCUAUGGGAUUCCAUUAGUUUACUGUUUAUUUUGCCAAAAAAAUGUCCAUUAGCAAAACUGAAGAACCUAAAAAGAAAGAAUGGAUAGAGUGUGAAAAUGUAAUAAACCUUGAGUCGUGUAUUUUUCAUAUUUCCUUUGUUUUUUUUAAAAAAAUAUUUUAUUUUGUAACUGAACUUAUUAAAAAAGAAUCUGUUUUUGUUUUGUUUGACCAUCAA